AUGGAGUUUUACGACGAAGACAGGCCUAGAAUCGUCUUCCGAUCUCGUCCUUCUUCUUCUCGCACGGCAGAGGAGGAUGAAGAUCCUAAACCACCUAACAAGAUCUUCAUAUCAGUCUCCGUCGUUACCUCUCUCCUCAUUCUAUCACUCUCCUUCUUCUACUUCGAAUCCGAGCCUACCAAAUCACUCCUAUUAUGGCUUUCAAUCUCCGUCCUCCUCGGUCCUUUUGCGCCUUCCUCGCUCACCGGUGGUAGAGUCCGCGUCGGUUACGGUCAGAUCUUGGAGCCAGAACAGAUCAGCGGUGAGCUGCCUACCGACAACGAACGUGAAUCGAAGAGGAACAAACGAUCUAACAAAAUGGCGCCAGUUAGCUAG